GGACUUAAGUUCCUGGCCUGGCGGCAGAAAAGUAGGUUUCUCAUUCCUCAUUGUCCAGGCCCCUGCUGCAACCUGUGGUUAGUUCUCCCUCUGCCCCUGCAGGACUGCAUUUUAAGGAUUCCAGCAGGUCCUUGUGCUCCUCACUAUGGCUACUGCUCCCCUGGGGCAACCCCCAGUCAGGCUUUCUUGGGAAAUGCCUGGUUGCUACAGCGAUGAGAACCAGAGACUCUGGAAGGUUUCAAGGCUGCAAUUUACUCCCAGCCAUACAGCUCAUUGCAGGCACCAAGUCUCUAUCACUGUCACCUUGUGUCUGGUGGACGAAUGCAGAGAGGGAUAUCUGUCUCACUGCUUGUCAAGAUUGAUGUGUCUCCCCAGGAGGUGGCAGAAACAUACUCUCUUUUUAUACGCUGGGACAGACUCAAGGUUCUGGAGAAUAGAGGAACAUGUCCGGAUUGACGAGGUAGAGCAACUAGUCCUACAGAUGGAGGAUCAAAUCGGUCGAAGCACGCAUUCAGUUGCCAAGCCCAUGCACCCUCAGUGAAGAUUUUAUGCAUCUACUUCUCUGCGAUUCCACAUGUAUCCAGUUUCCAGUCUCUCCUGCAUGGCCCAGCCCUGAACUUCACAUGAUCUGCUCCUGAGAGCCUGGCUGUCUGUGUCCUGAGCCUUCUCACUUCCUGGAUACAGCUGUCUUUUUUAGCCUUUGAUGCUGACCUUACAGAUUGUCCUUCUAAAGACCUCUCAUCCCUUUGAACCCCUCCCCUGGCCUCCCAGUGCAGCAUGCCCCUCGGGUGACUCUGAUCUGGAGGCAACUGCGGAGCUGGUAUGGAUGGGGACUCCAUGCCCUGUGGAUCUCUGAGCUACCAAUGCUGGCUGGAAGUUGACCUGGUGCUGGGCAGAGGACCCUGUGCUCCGUGCUUGAAGGCACAAUGGGAUGUGCACAGGGAGCAUCUGGUCACUUCUCCCACGUGCUCAGGACUUGGCUCCCAGAAGUGAUGCUGUCCCUCAUGCCUGCCCCAAACUUGUUUUUAACUAAUUAAACUUACUGCUUUUAAUCAA